AUCUGUCAUUGUAUAAAUAUAACAAGUGAACGAAAUAAACAUACUGAUGCAUCAGGAUUACACUGCUCGGAACGAUUAGUUUUUUCUUUGAGAUCGUCUGCACUACUGUCCUCGCAAAUUGCUUUUGUAUUAGCCCAUUCUCCUGAUUGAUGGUUUGUUCCGCACUUUAGAUGCAGACUUAAGCGUCCGCCGGAAAAUGAUAACAAUACCACGGCACCUGCUGCUGAUUAUGUUGGCUCAUAGCAUCUGCUAUCAUAACAUCGAAGCUAGCACGCAUUGGCUGUUGAAUAACGAUGGACAAAUUAUACCGCAGCUCACUUCACCAUUUUAUCUGCGUAGGUCGUACGAUUUAAUCGCCUUCCUUAAUCAAAACGUCUACAAGCAGAAAAUAGAUCUGAUCAUAAGUGAACUGUUGGCAAUCAAAUCGAAUCUCACCGCGAAGAUGAACAAUUUGGAUGCAUACACGAAUGAUCUCACGAACAAGAUUGGCUGCAUACCAAAUUUUUAUUUGGAUGAAUCGGAUAUCCUAAGUACGAUUAUCAACAUGAAUUACAUAAAUAGGAUCAUGGUUCCGGAGAGAGGAUCGGCAGCAUCUGGGGCUAUCAGUUCCAAAGCGACUGCCAUCAAGGGAAAAUUGCCUUCUCCGAAAUGUGGUGAUUAUAUGAAAAUGAAUUUCAGUGUGGCUAGUUUCGAUCACCUGGAAGGCGUUGCGAACCGAAGCUUUCUGAAAAUGGCUCCGGAGGACAUGUUCAAAUCUUUGGAGUACUACAUACCCUCAGUCAAAUCACCACAGGUUCUGGCAGAGGACUUGCGGAAAAACGUUAAUUCCUGGAAGUAUCACACGAUAGCCUCGUACUACUGGCGAAAGAAAGGCAACGCGCGGGAGGCGAUGGAAUGCGCUCGUCGUGCGGUCGUUCUAGCGCCACGAAAGUACAAAGACAUCCCGCUGCUUAGCAUGGGAACUAUCUUGCAACGGUCGCAGUAUGUGAACGACUCACUGGUGGUGCUCCGGGCGGCCGUUGAUCACGAACCGAACGAACCGGAAAACCAAAUGGCCCUCGGAAACACCUAUAUGCUACUGUCCGAGUUCAACCGGUCGUUCGAGGCGUACCGGGCGGCCGAAAGCUUGGACUCGGUGUACGCCGAGCACAACGACUACAUCCGGAAGUCGAUCAAUUGCUUCAAGGAUCUGAAGAUCAAUCUGCUCACGAUGGAGAGGCUACUACAGGACAUUAUCCCGGGCCUAGAACAGUAUGGUUCCCUCCAGAAAGAGUUCGACGAGUAUCACGAAAAGCUGGAUAGGGAACAGGCUCCGCUGAAGACGCGCGUGUUUGACGAAGCGUACAGCAAACAGGUCGACUUUCUGAUUCAGCGCAGUCAAAUCUGCACGACGCGGAUGACGAAAGAGAGAAGCGAACCGAUUCUAUCCUGUGAUUUCAUCUCGGACGUGCAGAUGCUGAUGGAAGACUUUGCAGUCGAGAUCCUGAACAACUACGUGGACCUGAAGAAGGAGCUGAUCAAUACGUACAAAAUCAACUCGCUCGGGAUCUACAAGAAGAUAUUUGUUGAACACUUCUAAGUGACAAGCACGUGCAAUCAUUGGGCUCCUGCUUUGAAGCAUAUUUUUUUAAGAAUAGUCACACUACUAUUUUUAUUAAUUGUUAAACAAUGAAAAACGUUCGUACAAAGAAAUAAAAAAAAAAACAGAUUCUGAAAUGUACAGCACAAUCAACUCAAGCAUUCAGGUGCCUUGUUUUCUAAUGAGAUUAAGCCCAGCGAUUGCCAGUUGUUGUUGAGGGGUUUCAACUUGUAGUGUUUCUUCUCUCUGUUGCCACCUGAACGAACGGAAACCGUACAGCAGUUCACCUAUUUUGCUGGUAUCGCGUUGUUGUCCCGAUGGAAUUUACCUAGCAGCUAUUCGGUAAGCUGCUGUCUCGUGACUCUCGGAACUGGCAAGGGACCUCGUUUGGUAGGCUUUGCGUAAUUGGAGCGUCCAGAAGAGACGAUUGUCGGGGCGCUUGUUUCUAUCAGC